AGCAUCUAAAAGCCCUUGUUUCGGACACGUUGAGUUCUAUGACAGUCACAACUCGUAAUCUCUUCAAAUCAAAGGCCUAACCAAAAUGAAGCCUUUUCACUCGUGUUAUCUUCUUCUGCCACUAUCGUUCGUCCAAGCAGGAUCUAGUCAUACAUUUUUAUCUUCUAAGAGGGCGGAAAAAGUCUCGUCCUGCGCCGAUAUAUCCACACCAACGACGUUCUCGUUAUCGCAGAUAUCGUACAUAAAAAUAGAACAAUACCCAACAAUGGCAACUGUUCCCAAUUCGACACAGCUCGUUUUUGAAGUCGUCAAUAACGCCAACAGCAUCUCGACCGGGUGUAGCCCUCAAAACGUGGAAGUAAACGGUCAAUGGGGAAAUGAUAGCAAUUAUUGGUAUAAGUGCAUCGAUCGGAAUUUGGAGGUGAACGGGGAUGAGGUCACUCUCAGUACGAGUGCGCAUGUCGUUUGGGAACAGUGGCAGUUGAGUGUCAAUCAAAGUUGGAGCUGUGGCGACGAGUCUAUCGUGAGGCAUAUUUCCACUACGACACUCAAACCGAGCUGCCAGGAGACCAGUAGUGCUUUUCAGUAUAUCAAUGAGUGCACAGCUCCUGACCUAGAGGCGCCUGCGGCGUUUCAGUAACCAACUUUUCAUUAGCUUGUCAGGGUUAUUCAUUCUACUUCGUUAAUUUCCAAGGAACUCUCCCCCUUAUAUACGCCAGUCC